AUGGUAGAGCAAGAAAUAGCAAAGAUUAGAAAGGAUAAGGUGAGGAAGGCUCUGAGGAGAAUCAAAAGUGAAAAGGCCGUUAGGCCAGAUGACAUACCUGUGGACAUGUGGAAGGGUCCAGGAGCAACAGCAGUGGAGUUUCUAUCUAGAUUGUUCAGCAGGAUUUUAGCGAGUGAAAAGAUGCCUGAGGAAUGGAGGAGAAGUGCUCUAUUUCAGAUCUUUAAGAAUAAGGGUGAUGUGCAGAGUUGUAGCAACGACAGGGGCAUAAAGAUGAUGAUCCACACAAUGAAGCUAUGGGAAAAAGUAGUGGAGGUUAGGCUAAUAAAGGAAAAGUACAGAGAUGGGCAGAAGGAGCUGCACUGUGUCUUUGUGGGUUUAGAGAAAGCAUAUGACAGGGUGCUGAGAGAGCAGCUAUGGUACUGUUUGAGGAUGUUUGGAGUGGCAGAGAAGUACAUCAGAAUAGCUCAGGAUAUGUAUGAGAGGAGUAUGACAGCAAUGAGAUGUACUGUAGGUCAGACAAAGGAUGCCAUGGUGGAGAAUCGGCUUCAAGGAUCGGCUCUACGUCCCUACUUGAUUGUUGCUUUGCUGGACAGGUUGACAGAUGAAGUCAGAGAGGAAUAUCCAUGGACAAUGAUGUUUAGGGUUUAA